UCGCUCUCUGGGCUUCUUAUAAUUCUGUGAAGUUACAGCCGCCAUGAUAUGAAAGAUUUGUAAUGUUUACUAGAAUACGGAUGGAGUUCUUGAUGCUUUGUAACUAUAAUAAUUACAUUCUGCUACCAUAGAAGUAUGGUUGAAAAAAUGUCGAGUGACCUUGGUACUCCAUCUCGUGCUUCAAAUGCACUUUUGAGGCGUGCUCAGGCAAUAAAAGAUUGGCUGGCAAGUGAUACUGCUAAAGAGAAACCAGUGCGUUUACCUGUACAAUUUACAAUAAAAUUCGAUAAAGGAACUGUAUUUCUAUCAGCUGUAGCAAGUGGCGAUUUAGAAGAGACAGAAAGAUUAUUAAAGGAAGGCGUAGACAUAGAUUAUACCAAUAUUGACGGCCUUACUGCACUUCACCAGGCCUGUAUCGAUGAAAAUGAUGAUAUGGUUAAAUUACUCCUUAAUAAAGGAGCAAAUAUUGAAGCUUGUGACAAUGAAGGAUGGACCCCAUUGCAUGCUGCAGCUAGUGCUGGAAACAUCGACAUAGCUCAAAUUCUUAUUGACAAUGGAGCUGAUCUUAGUGCAGUCAACAAUGAAGGUGAAGUUCCCCUUGAUCUUGCAGAGGAAGAAGAAAUGGAAGAAUUUCUUUCAGAAGAAAUUGAUGCACAAGGUGUUGAGGUAGAAGAUGCACGAAAUGAAGAAGAACGUAAAAUGAUCGAAGAUGCAAACGGUUGGAUAAAUAAUAAAGAAGUAGAUGAAAUUUUAGAUUGGCAAGGUGCAACCGCACUUCAUGUGGCAGCUGCAAAAGGAUAUAAUAAAGUUAUUAGUCUGUUACUUCAAAUUGGAAACAUAGAUGUCAAUGUUCGUGACAAUGACGGCUGGACUCCGUUGCAUGCUGCGGUUCACUGGGGCUCAAAAACAGCAUGUGAAUUGCUAACUGAAGCUGGUGCAGACUUUGAACUUAAAAACAGUAAUGGUCAAACACCAUGUGACUUAUCAGAGCCCGAAUUUUUAAAAACUGCAGAAAACUGUCGAAAACUUUCGAAAGAAUUAGCUAAGAAACCAAAUUUCACAAAAAAUAAAAGGAUGGAUAUUACAAUAGACAUGAACGACAAUUCCAUGAUUGCCAAGGAGAUUAAUGAGAUGUUAAAGAAAACUCCCGUCCGUCCAAUCGUGAAAGGCAGUCGUGCAAAUUUUAAUAACAAUGGAAAAAAUACCGAAAAAAUAACUAAUGACAAUAAAGUUUCAAAAAACAAAUCAGAAAAAAGAACUGGUUCAGGUGAAUCUGACCACGACUCUGAUUCUGAGAAUAGGCCAGCUUCGACUAAAAAUAUUUCUUCGAAGCGUUCGUCCACGGCACCAUCAACGACAUCCAGUAGAACUAGCUUGCAGAGUAACCCACUGCGCACGUCGAGCGCUUUAAAUCGUGACGAAAAGAAAGACAAUAAACAGGAGGUGACAAUUACCUCAGUUACUUCAAAAUUUCAAAAUCGAUUUAAGGAGACAGAAAAAGAGGAACCUAAGAAGGCAGAGCCAGCGUCGCGCACUACCUUCACAGCACGAACCAGACCUACCUCGGGUAAAACAGAGCCACCAAAAUCGGAAGAGAAGAAACCAGAAGAGUCCAGAACAAGUAGGUUCGGAGCUCUGCGCGCAACAACAACUUCAUCUUCGAUUACAGUCACAAAAGACGACAAAGAAGACGACACUGCACGAAAUCGACUGCGUGGAAAAAUCAAACUCGACGAGAAUGACACCGACUCGAGAUUUCGAAAAAAUAAAACAACGAAUGAACCAAGUUCUCCUCGCUCCUCGCUGUUUGGUUCUUCUCGUGUGGGAGGAGGAGGGGGUAGUGACUGGAGAACGCGUCUGGCAGAAAGAUCUAAAGAUGCUGAUAAUGACGAUGUCACGUCUGCGAGUGCUCGAACUAAAAAUAUUAGCAAGAGCAGUGAGGCUAGUUCGGAGGGUAGUCAAGAAAGCGAUUAUAGUCGCUCUCCGAGCGAAAGCGAAAGCAAUCGUAUCUCGCCGCACUCGCGCAGAGUGGCUCAUCGAAAUUUAAGAGAAACUCGUCGUCCGACAGGUGUAGCUUAUAUGCCAGACCAGAAGCAAGAUGAGGACGAAAAUGACUCAACCGAACCUGAUAAUAAACGAAGCGACACGACUGAACGAACGCGUGGAAGAGUCUCAACCGAAGAUGAAAAUUCUCGCAUGAGCAUCGCGGAAAGACUGCGCAAAAAGAAUGCUGAGCUCCUGUCAUCGACUGAUCGUACGUCAGAACGAAGCUCUUUUUCCGACAGAACGUCUGCUAUUUCCGAUCGAUAUAGCACUUCGUCGAGUAUUCGAGAUCGAACGUCAAAUAGGAACUCAACCUCUAGUUCCGACACGGGUGAUACUAAAGACAGCCAACGUAAAUUAGAUCAAGCACUCAAAGAUGUGCAGGAAUACAAGCAAAAAUACGAGAAAAUAAAACAAGAAAAGGAAGCGCUAGAAAGACAAUUAGAGCAGUACAAAGAAGACAUCGACAAAAUGCAAGAACUAAAGAAUGAUAAUCUACGCCUUAAGGAUGAAAAUGGCGCCCUAAUAAGAGUUAUAAGCAAGUUAUCUCGGACCCCGGCUUCUUAAUACCUUUUUUAGUAGGGAGUAAUUUAAUACGUUGAACAGACUGUUUUUGUACUACGAAGAAGCCGCUGUGUCGCUACAGAAGAUUUUUAUGACCUCGGCAAUGGAUUGAAGACAGCGUGAACUAGGGAAGCUGCGCACUCGACGAUUUGUCACAUGCACGUUUUUUGUUUGUUUGUUAUGCGAAACUGUUCUAUCGCAAUGUUUUGAGCUCAACAUUUUUAUCACUUUUUGCAUGACGUUUUAGCGUUGUUUUUUUUUUUUUUUUUCUUAAUUUAUAGUAUUUUUGUCAUAUGCAAACAUCCUUAAUUGAUUGUUUGUGCGUUCAGUGCAAAAUUCAUUUUUAAUAAACUCACUAUCCAGGGGAUUUUUCAAAAAAAAGAUUGUUUUGCAUUGAUUGGUUUAGGCUUAAAUAUUGAUUUCAAACAAAUCCUAUUUUUUUCUUAUUGUAAUUUUUGGUGUCUCGGCACUUGUAAAUAUAAUCUUUUUCAUGGACGUUACCGUCAUUUUUUGGGGUUGACGCUGUCCUUAUCUGGAGAAACAAACAUGUGUGCAGGAAUAGUAACCCCCGGUAACAUCAGUUUAUAAUCUCAAAAUAAAUAAUAUUGUUAUAUUUUUCUAUUGUUGAUGAUCUAUGUCUACAUCUAAAAAAAUGAAACUUUUUUUGCUUAGAUACCUAGCAACUUCGUUUCCAUUGACUGUAAAUCUUGUGUUCCAAGAUUACAAAACUGACCUGGGAACGAGGUUGAAAAAAGUUUCGGUUCGAAUCUACCGGAUAAAUUUUUAGAUAUAUUGAAUUGUAAUACGUAUAUCAGUGUGAUUAUGAGAGACUGGGUCUAGUCUAUCAUAAAUAGCUUACCUGAGUACGAGUGUUGUUUUUAUUAGAUUAUUUGCACUUGUGUUUCACAGAAUGGAAAAGUCUAAUUUGUAUGAGUGAUCUUAAA